AUGCAACCUCUGGGCAGAGCAGAACCGGCAUGCUUGCACGUUCUGGCUCUGGCUCUGGCUCUGGCUCUGGCUCUGGCUCUGGCUCUGGUUCUGGAACAUGGCAUUGCUCAACCUUCCCAAGAGGCAGAUUACCCAGACUGCGGAACCCACACCACCUCUGUCGGAGCGCCUUCCGGAUUCGACGACCACCGAUGCGUCCCAGAUGACCGCCCAAGCUCACGACGGCCCACGGCGCACGGCAUCACACGCACGAUCAGACACACCACGCUGCCCAUCCUCGUGAGACCCUCGCAGCAUGACGAGUCACGUAUUAAGUAG